AGACGGUCAUAGCCAUAACGUCCUCCCGUAGCCACGUCACCCUGGACUCUACCGUCAUCCGGGACCUGUGGGGUCUUUAACAAAUAGUGCCUUUCAGCCGCUGUCCGUUCUUAAUUGGGGAGCUUUACUUGUUGGGAGGUGGAACUCCGCUCGCUUCUGCUGCAGACGUCGUAACUAUCACCCAAACGUACAAGAUGACGCACCAGUACCCCGCUCUCUCUCCGGAGCAGAAGCGGGAGCUGUCCUCCAUCGCCCAGCGCAUCGUUGCUCCGGGAAAGGGCAUUCUCGCCGCCGACGAGUCUGUGGGUACAAUGGGGAAGCGGCUGCAGAAGAUUAAUGUGGAGAACUCGGAGGAGAACCGCCGAUAUUUCCGUGACCUGCUGUUCUCCACCGGGCUGGGGGAGUACGUGGGGGGGGUCAUCCUGUUCCACGAGACGCUGUACCAGAAGUCCGACGCGGGCGUGGCCUUCCCCAAGGUCAUAAAGGACAAGGGGAUCGUGGUGGGAAUCAAGGUGGACAAAGGGACAGCUGGGCUGAAUGGAACUGACGGAGAGACGACAACUCAAGGUCUGGACGGGCUGUCGGAGCGCUGUGCGCAGUACAAGAAGGACGGCUGCGACUUCGCCAAGUGGCGCUGCGUGCUGAAGAUCUCCGACGCCUGCCCCUCGGCCCUCUCCAUCGCCGAGAACGCCAACGUGCUAGCCCGCUACGCCAGCAUCUGCCAGCAGAACGGGCUGGUGCCGAUUGUGGAGCCGGAGAUCCUGCCUGACGGAGACCACGACCUGCAGCGCUGCCAGUAUGCCACCGAGAAGGUCCUGGCGGCUGUCUAUAAGGCGCUCUCUGAUCACCACGUCUACCUGGAGGGCACCCUGCUGAAGCCCAACAUGGUCACUGCUGGCCACUCCUGCCCCAAAAAGUUCACCCCCCAGGAGGUGGCCAUGGCGACAGUCACCGCCCUUCGGCGCACGGUGCCUGCCUCUGUGCCAGGGAUCUGCUUCCUCUCUGGGGGCCAGAGCGAGGAGGAGGCCUCCCUCAAUCUGAGCGCCAUUAACCAGAUCCCCCUGGGCCGGCCCUGGAAGCUCAGCUUCUCCUUCGGCCGCGCCCUCCAGGCCUCGGCCCUCGCCGCCUGGCAGGGGCAGCCAGGAAACCGGCAGGCUGCGCAAGAGGCCUUCUGCUCCCGCGCCAAGAUCAACAGCCUGGCCUCUAAGGGCGAGUACAGGCCCACGGGGGAGGCAGACCAGGCAGCCAUGCAGAGCCUGUACACUGCCAGCUAUGUCUACUAGAGCCCCCCCCCCCCCCCCCCCCCCCCCCCCCCCCGGCCUGGGAUCAGCACCCCUGCACGCAGACCCCGCUGCUCUGAACCCGUACGCUGAUCCUGGAUCAGCCGCUGUGAACCCCACCCGCUCUGCGUGCCGGCAGAAGCCCCGUUUGAAUCUAUGAAAUAAAAGCUGUGGCUCUAG